AUGGAUGAACCUGAAAGUAGUACGCAAAAACAGGUCAACAGUGAAAUUGACAAUCAAGGUGCUCCGGAUGGCAAGGAUGAUGUUUUCGAUGGGAAAGAAAAAGGGUUAGCUUCCCAAACCUAUGAUAGUUUACGAAUGCUUACUAAGGUUAAUGUUUUGCAAAUGAAAUUCAAUUCAAAAGAGGAUGCUUAUUUUUUCUACAAUGCAUAUGCUAAGGUCAUCGGUUUUAGCGUACGAAGAAGUAGGAAACGAAUUUAUGGAGACAACAAAUUUGAAGAGAGUAGGAAAUGGGAAACCACACAUCCCUUGGCAGCACCACACUGCGUCCCUUUUCUUUGGUCACAUAGGUUUGUAACAAGUGUAAACCAAGUUCAAGUAAAGGCUAUGCGCAAUAUGGGUAUGAAAACGAGUCAGAUCAUGGAUUUUAUGGUCUAUCAAUCAGGGGGUUAUGAGAAGGUGGGCUUCAUUCACAGAGAUUUGCAUAACCAAUUCCAAGCUGAAUGCAAAGUACAACUCACAGAAGGGGAUGCAGAGGGUGCUUUAGGAUACUUAUCAGCUAAACUAGAUGCAGAUCCAUUAUUUUUUUUCAAGUACAACGUCGAUAAGGAUAACCGAUUGGACAAGAUUUUAUGA